CCAUUAAGGCAGAUUGGCGGUAUAGCUUGACUGGAUAACACUCGACUGACUGUAUACCUUAUCGUCAACGCCAUGUUUUAAAGAAGACAAGAAACGGAAAUGGACGUUUGAUUUGUAUUUGGUGUUCUCAUUGACACACGACAUGGGUUCGUUGAGACUGAUACAUUGUAUGAUCGCUGCAGUGAUCGUCUUGUUUGGUGUGAAUCUCGCCAAAGCCCAGACGGCCGCUAAUUUGCGAUCAUGGAUAGAUAAUCCCCCUUUUAGUACUUACAAUAAGAAGAUUUUUCCACGGAAUUCACAAACCGACAAAGUGGAGGUAGACAUGCAGUUUAACUUGGUUGCCAUGACUCAGUUAAAUGAAUUGAGCGGCUACCUUGACCUCGUUGGUUAUACAGUGCUGACAUGGACCAAUGAACUCCUGAUGUGGAACAAUUCCAUCAAUGCUAUGCAGGAGGUGAUGCUGGGACAAAAUAAUUUCUGGCGGCCGUCUCUAGUUCUUGCCAACUCUGUAGAGUCUCUCACGGAAAUGGGUGACAAUUCCUACAAGAUCCGGAUAAAUAAAGAUGGCGUAUGUGAAUGGCAGAUUGGAGUCGUCUCGAAGUCGGCUUGUUCCGUGGACGUGUCGUACUACCCUUUCGAUCAACAAUCAUGCAAGAUUUCCUUUACGCCAUGGGGAUACACAGACACACAGGUGCGACUAAACACUACCUCCUCGGGAAUGCACACUGGCCUGUUCAUGCCGAACGUGGAGUGGACACUUGCCAGUACUAGCGUGGAGGCCUUCUCCUCCGCCUCUGCCUCUUACCUCGACUUCACCAUCGAAUUGAAAAGGAAACCAGGCUAUUUUCUCGUUAACAUGAUUAUCCCCAUUCUAAUUCUUGGCAUGCUCAAUGGUCUGGUAUUUCUACUUCCGGCUGACUCCGGUGAACGCGUUGGAUACGCUAUUACCGCUUUUCUAACAUUUGCCGUAUUUUUAACCAUGGUGUCAGAUAACCUGCCGAAAUCGUCCGAGCCAAUGUCCCUGCUAUGCUUCUUUCUGACGUUGAUGUUGAUCAUGAGUGCUUUAUCAACCGUGAUCACAAUUAUGACACUCCGUGUCUAUCACCAGGAUGACGAUAGUCCAGUGCCGAUGUGGCUCAAACACGUAGUGGCUUUCAUCACGUGCAGAAAGUGCAAAAAGUGGUGUGGACAAAAAUUGGAGGCCAUCGAGGAACCCAAACCAGGACAGGAAGAGGAGGAGGAAGAUUCUUCAUCAGAGGAGGAUGAAGAAGAGGAGGAUUCGGACGGGGAAGGUAACAGAAAGACAGAGGUGAAGAAACCGAAGCCAAACAACGCUGAUAUAAAGGGUAUAUCUUGGAGGGUGGUCGGGGGAACACUGGACGGGUUUUUCUUCGGCCUAUUCGUGUUUGGUACGGUCGUCAUUUCGUGCGUGUUUUUGAUCCCCCUCGCCCUAGCGGCGACCUCAACGGACGCAUCCGAGUAACACCCUUUUUACCGCUUUGGAAGGAGAUGAGGCCAGCCGUGGCUAUGUCAAGAGAAAUCGCGUUAACUUUAAUGUAUUAUUCACGUAAUGACAAGUGAUAGCUAUCAAUGACAAGGGAAAACUGGAAUUCAUUUCAACAUAUAAAGGAAACUGUGAUACCGCUGUAUUUUGAAAGAGACAUAUUUCUAAGCAAGAAUAAAAUGCCGAUUGAACUAUUGACAAAUUCAAUAAAGUACUGAGCAUC